GUUAUUCUGCUACAUGAUAACGCUCGGCCUCAUGUCGCAAAAGUCGUCAAAACUUAUUUGGAAACGCUCAAGUGGGAUAUUUUAUCGCACCCGCCGUAUUCGCCGGACAUCGCUCUAUCUGAUUACUGGUUCUUCCGACGAAUGCAGCACGAUUUAGCAGAACACCGGUUCACUUCUUUCGCAGAAAUCGAAAAUUGGCUCCUAACUUGGAUCGUUUCAAAAGACAAAACAUUUUUUCGAGAUGAAAUUCGAAAAUUGCCUGAGAGGUGGGACAAAGUAGUAGCUAGUGAUGGACAAUACUUUGAUUAAUCUGUUCAUUCAAUUUGUUCUAAAAUAAAUGCAUUUUUGACCACAAAAAAACGGACCGAAUUAAUUUAUACUCCCAAUAGUGUAUAGUGUGAAAAAAGAUAGAAAAAAGACAGACGCCAAAUCAAAUAUGCAUCUCGGGGUGUUUACAUAGCGUUCUCGAGUUUAAAUAAAAAAACAUUCUCAAGCAACAACGCCGACGAAAAUUGAUUUUUAAACCGACGCAAUGCACGUACAUUCCGACGAAACGUAUAUGCCGUCUUUAUUUUACCUAAUUUUUCUAUCUUAUUUCCCAGGAGUGGAAGGAAAGAGCAGAAAAAAAAGAACGGAGAGAAAGAGCAAGGGUCGGAGAGUACCAAGACGCUCCACUUUACUCGCGCUAGCAGAAACAGAGGUGGAUAGUGGAAGUGCUUUGCAUCUACAGAAAAAAUGGGCGAUAAUACAAGCAACCUGGAUCAACAACAAGAAUCUGCCAUGGAUCUUUCCAUAAAAACGGGGAGAGCUACGGAUCAAAGAGAUUGUAGGCCAACGCAUCGUCAGCCUAAUUUAAAUUAUUAUCAAAACUACAACCACUUGACCAGAUACGGCAGCUUGAACAUCAACUAUCCUGGUUCUAGCAUAAAUCAAGAUAUGAUGAUACCGUUAACAUCCACUAGUCCAAAUUCAACAUCAUUGUGUAAAAGAGAUAGUGCCGCGAAAUCGCAAUCCUUGAUCCGGACGAAAAUGGGAAGCCGAAAAGAAAAUCAAAGCAAGCGAUCGAGGAAAGAAAGAGAUAUCGAAGAGAAGAUCAAGGCAAUUGACAUGGUAUGUAGCGGCAAACCCAAGGCGGCGGUGGCGCGUGACAUUGGCGUGCCAGAAUCAACUUUGCGCGGGUGGUGCAAAGCCGCAGAUAAGAUCCGCAUGCAAGCAAAUCAACGAGCAUCUGGAUAUUAUAAGCAUAUUUUGACAACGUUCAGUUCGGAUAACGUUCCGGAUAAUAGUCGAUCGAGAUCGUCAUCGCGGUCAACGUCAACCGGUCAACGUACGGGAUUCUCGCGUUCUUCUGGCGUUGCGGACAAACCUAGCAAGGAGCUUGAACCCGGUCUGGCUUUGAAAAGAAUGAAGAUUGACAACCUCUCACCAUCCGCCGCCGCAAAUAUGUCGACAUCGUCUACAUUAACGAAUGAUUUAUACGAACGCGAGCUUACACAAUUCAACUUGUAUUGUUUUAUGACUACUACUUCUACCAGAUGUCCAUCAUCGGCAAGUAUUCCUCUGAAUAGUCUGCAGAUGCAUAGGAACAACGGUGCGAUGAAAUCAUCGAGAAAGCACAGGAUCCAAUCGCCAAAUGCGAGAAAUGUCUCGGCUGGAAACAACUCUCAACUAUCAACUAACGUUCAAACCUCCUUCCUAUCAACCAGCAACCAAAACGCCCUUCUGUCAAGCAGCAAUGAAUCGAUCCCAUCUACAUCAAUGAGCAAUCGUUACGACGAAAAGCUAAUGGCAGCGAUUCGAGAUCCGAUAGUUCGUCGAAAACGUAAGACCUUAAAUGAUAUUGUAAAUAAUUUGCAUGAAUGCAGACAAUUUAUGAGUCAAACCGAGUUAUCGGAAUUAUAAAUUACCAGUAUAAGCUCUUGUGCCUUCAUUGGUGCACAUUAAAUUCGUUGUACACAAAUCAUAACUAUGUGUUAUUUGUGACAUAUCACUUUUACACUUAGAUUAACGUACAGCGACUUUUAUGUGCCAUAAUGCGUACUAGUGCGGUUUAAUCGAAUUCACUAUAAUUGUUUAUAUAUGUACAU